AUGCGUCUCUUAAACAAGGACCUGCGUCUGCAGGACUUUACACUGAUCUACGUGAUCCUGCUUGCUGCCUUGGUGGUUCUCCUGGUGGCCCCAUACCAUGCUUCAUCCCCAUCUUCGUCUCCAGAUGGCCCAUCUAGACCUCCCUUACCCUACCAUGUCCCCCUGGACCCUGCUGGACAGCUGGAGCUCUCCUGGAACAUCAAUUACGCCAAGCAGGAGGUGUACAUGGAGCUUCGGGCCAAGGAGCUACACCACGGUCUCCUGCUGGGCAUGUCGGAUCGUGGGGAACCCACCAACGCCGACCUGGUGCUUCUGUGGAACGAUGGGCACAAGUCCUACUUUGGGGAAGCUUGGAGUGAUGAUGAAGGUCGGGUAAUGUUAGACAGUCAGCAAGAUUACGAGUUGCUGGAUGCUCGGAACACUCCGGAAGGCUUUUCUCUGCUCUACAGGAGACCUUUCAGUACCUGCGAUCCCCAUGACUACGUUAUAGAGGAAGGAACAGUCCACCUGAUCUACAGCAUACUUGAUCAGCCAAUCCACUCUCUCCGUGAACUCAACAUGUCCUGCCUUCAACUUGGCAUCCAGCGAGUCCUUCUAUUGCGUCCUGACACGCCCAGCCCCUCUCUUCCGCCGGAUGUGCGCACGCUGGAGGUUCUGGCCCCUGAUGUCGUUAUCCCUGACCAGGAGACCACCUACUGGUGCUAUAUGUACCAACUGCCCCCCAACAUGCCCAAGAACCACAUCGUCAUGUACGAGGCGGUGGUGAGCGCAGGGAACGAGGCCAUCGUGCAUCACAUGGAGGUGUUCGAAUGCUCGCCACACAUGGACGCCGUCCCUCAGUACAGCGGCUCCUGUGACUCCAAGAUGAAGCCGGCGAAGCUCAACUCCUGCCGUCACGUCCUGGCAGCGUGGGCCCUUGGAGCCGAGCAAUUCUAUUACCCCUCAGAUGCUGGCCUUCCUCUGGGUGGACAAGGUUCCUCCAGGUUCCUUCGUUUGGAGGUGCACUAUCACAACCCACUCCUCAUCUCAGGGCGUCGUGACUCCUCUGGUAUCCGUUUGUGGUUCACUCCGUCACUGAGGCGUUUCGAUGCUGGGAUCAUGGAGCUCGGUUUGGUCUACACGCCCGUCAUGGCCAUCCCUCCUCACCAGCACACCUUCCAGCUUACGGGCUACUGCACUGCCGAGUGCACACGCACGGGGCUGCCUCCCGGUGGGAUCCAUAUUUUUGCGUCGCAGCUGCACACACACCUGGCAGGCCGAGGCGUCCGGACCGUACUGGUGAGAGGAGGCAGGGAGGUGGAAGUGGUGCAGGAAGACAAACACUUCAGUGCACACUAUCAGAUCAUCCGUAUCCUCAGAAAGAUGGUGACUGUUCUGCCAGGUGAUGUGCUUCUGACAAAAUGCACUUAUAACACAGAAGACAGAAACAAAGUCACAGUGGGUGGCUUUGGGAUCAUGGAGGAGAUGUGUGUGAAUUAUGUCCACUAUUACCCACGUACCCAGCUGGAGCUGUGCAAGAGUCACGUAGACCUGGAGUACCUGCAGAAAUACUUCAGCAUCAUCAACAGGUUCCAUGGCAGUGAGGGCUGCAGCUGUGCUCAGACCUCAGUGGAGGAUGAGUUCUCCUCCGUGACCUGGGACUCGUUCAGUGCCAAGGUGCUCGACUCCCUGUACACCACCUCGCCCAUCUCCAUGCACUGUAACCGGUCCACGGCCGAGCUCUUCCCCGGCAACUGGGAGAAACAGAAGAUUCCUGAGGUGUUAGCGGAGCUCCAGCCACAAGUCCGGCCGUGUGAGCCGAGCCGAGCGGCAUCUCCGCGUAGCGGCCCUACGGAGGUUCAGCCCCAACUCCGCGGAUAACACACAACACCACGGUGUCAUUAACAUUAAACAGUUUAGAUGCCCGAUUUGUUUGCAUUUCCACCGGCAGCCAAAACUAAUUAAUUUGCACCAUUAUGCAGAUUUAACUCAAAGUGGGUGUGGUCAGAUCUGGGGCAUACAAAUGAGAAGCAAAGCGAUGUGAUGUUCUAGUUAGAUAUUUUUACUAGACAGAUAUAUAGAAAACACUUUUCUUCUGCCACUGAGCAUCGUCCACCUGUUAGCACUUUCACAGUUUAGUAUAAAUACACAGGUAAUUAUCGAAAAUCGUGCACUGAUUGGUCCAGAGAUUCGGAUUAUUUAUUUCUCGAUAAUCACCUUGAAUGACUCAAAUCAAGUUUUUGUAC